AUGAGCGUUUCAGCGGACUCCCCCCUCGUCUUCAAGGGCAUUCUUGAGGGCCACACCGACUGGGUGACGGCCAUCUCGACGCCCUCGGUCAAGAGCAACACAAUCAUCUCUUCUUCACGAGACAAGAAGAUCAUCGUGUGGAACUUGCACGACUGUCCUGAUGCUGAUGGAGUCGGCUUUGCUCGCCGGGCACUGACUGGCCACUCUCAGUGCGUGCAGGAUGUUGUGAUUUCCAGUGAUUCCAACUUCGCCUUGUCGGGUUCGUGGGAUAAGACGCUUAGGCUGUGGGACCUGAACAUGGGCGAAACAGUUCGCACCUUCCAGAAGCACACAUCCGACGUCAACUCCGUGGCCUUUAGCGCAGACAACAGGCAGAUCGUGUCGGGAUCCCGCGACAGAACUGUCCGCCUGUGGAACACGCUCGCUGACUGCAAGUACACCAUCGAGGAAGGCCAGCACACCGACUGGGUGUCGUGCGUGCGCUUCUCCCCGUCGCCAAAGGAGCCCUUGAUCGUUUCCUGCGGCUGGGAUAAGCUUGUUAAGGUGUGGAGUCUGUCGACCUGCAAGCUGACCACCAACCUUGUUGGCCACACGUCUGUGCUGUACACCGUCACGAUCUCCCCUGAUGGUUCUCUUUGCGCCUCUGGAGGAAAGGACGGCGUGGCGAUGCUGUGGGACGUCAGCGAGGGCAAGCACCUCUACUCUCUAGAUGCCAGCUGCACCAUCAACAGCCUGUGCUUCUCCCCAUGCAACUACUGGCUCUGCGCCGCAACUGACAAAUCCGUCAAGAUAUGGGAUCUGGAGAACAAGAAUGUGCUUGACGACAUUCAUCCAGACCAGCCAGUCAAGAGUGGCAUCCCAUGGUGCACCUCCCUCAACUGGUCAUAUGAUGGGCGCACUCUGUUCGUUGGCACCACAAGCGGUGACAUCUACGUAUACGAAAUCUCCGUGGAUUAG